AUGUUAUCAUGUCACCCUCUCCUCCCUGUCACUAACUUCAGGCUGUUUUCCAAUCGCAGGUGUUUCUCAUUUGGUAUUGGCGAAGGAGCCUCCACCAGCCUCAUAAAAGGCAUUGCCCGGGCAUCAGGGGGCGCGGCAGAAUUUAUCACAGGCAAUGAGAGGAUACAGUCGAAGGCUCUCAGGGCCCUGAAGCGCUCUCUGCAGCCUGUGGUAGAGGGUGUUUCUCUGAGCUGGGAUUUGCCUGCGGGUCUGUCCGCUAAAAUGCUUUCCCCAGAACCAACUGUCAUCUUCCGGGGUCAGAGGUUGAUCGUCUAUGCCCAGUUGACAGGGACGAUGCCGCCAGCAGAGGCAACAGGGAAAGUUUGCCUCAAGUACACCCUCCAGGGCACGCAGUUUGAGAAUCAAGUGGCAUUUUCUCUACAGCCCAAGUCGGAUGCCAAGUAAGAUUUCCAUAUUUCUUUCC